AGGAAAAAUCCAAAACGGCCGAGUCUCCCGCGUCUUUUGACUUUUGUAGGGGGAGAGAUCAGAAAUGUCCCCCAGCAAACGCCGUGCAGCAUCAGCGGCGACAGAUACUUUAAACGAUGAAUCGUUAAAGCUAGCCGUAGCGAUCUCUCUUCUACGAUCAAAGUUUCUCCAGCACCAUCCUUCUCCUUCCCAAACCGAUGCUCUUAAAUGGAAGCGAAAGGCAAAGGAGCGAAAGCAAGAGAUUCUUAGACUCAGAGACGAUCUCAAGGAAGCCGAAGAUGCUUCCCAAUGCGAUCUUUUCCCGCAAACUGCUUCUUGCAAGUGUUAUUUCUUCGAUAAUAUGGGGAAAUUAAGCCCUAAUCGACUUGGAGACGCUUCUGAUCGUAGAUUCAAUGAUGUUCUUCGUCGAAGAUUUCUCAGACAAGUUCGAUUGAGGGAAAGAAGGCAAACAGCUGGCUCAUCUAAAAAACGGCGCGCUUUAGGCUUUAGCGAUGACGAUCAAGCUGAACAGCUUAGGGCAUCGGUUGAUUUUCUUGUGGAGCUUUGCAAUAAUAGUUCUCCUGUUCAAGAGUCUAAAUUUGAAAAUUGGUCUCACCAAGCUGUGGAUUUCAUUUUAGUGGCAUUGAACAAUUUGUUAUCAAUGGGAAAGAACUUGGAAUCUACUGAAGGAGUUGUUAGCAGCUUAAUUAUGCAUUUGGUUAGACGGAUGUCUUCUCCCUCAAAAGGAGAUGAAACACAUCAAAGUGACACAAAUUCCCAGCUCUACAUCCAACAUUUGCUUCGUAAGCUUGGGUGUGAAUCAUACAUUGGACAGCGUGUAAUACUUUCAGUUUCUCAGAGAAUAUCUGUACUUGCAGAAAGUUUACUUUUCUCGGACCCAUUUGAUGAAACUUUUCCUGCUAUGCAUGAGUGCAUGUUUGUAAUGAUCCAGCUAAUUGAGUUUUUGGUAUCAGACUACUUAUUAAUCUGGUCAACAAACGAAGGCUUUGACAACAUUCUUUUUGAAGAGUGGGUGACAUCACUUCUCCAAGCUCGGAAAUCUGUUGAAGUUUUGGAAAGCAGAAAUGGUCUUUAUGUGCUGUACAUGGACCGAGUCACGGGAGAAUUGGCUAAACUAGUGGGUCAGGUUUCGUCACUGCAGAAGCUCAAUUCAGAUAUAUUUGAUGCCCUUCUCGUUGAGUAAAUAUCUGCCCUUCUUGAUUCAACA